GGCAUUUGAAGGCACCACAGCGGCAGGUCACUGCUGGAAGUUGAGUUCGGUGCUGCGACAAGUGACAGCAAAUACCAUGGAGAGCCCCUCGGAGGCGCCAGCGGCCGCCGACCCCUCGGCCUGCACCUACUCCCAGGUGGUCUUCGUCGACAUCCCCCACUCGUAUCCGCCCUCGGCCCCCGUCACCUGCCGCUACACCCUCAACCCAGCCUACGAGCCCAACCCGAGGGACUGGGUGGGCAUUUUUAGGGUGGGGUGGAGCUCAGCAAAGGACUACCAUACCUUUGUGUGGGCGGAGCCAUGUCUGGAGGUGGCAGGACGGAAGUCGGUGACCAGUCAAGCGGUCUUCGACGAUUACUACCUGCCGAAGGAUGAGAUGGAGUUCUACCAGUUCUGCUACAUUGACAGCACCGGCCAGGUGCGAGGAGCCAGCACCCCCUUCUGUUUCAAAAACCCCGUGGAGCAAAGCAUGGAGAGCAGCUCGGACGACGACCUGCUGGUUAUUACCACACAGGAACAGGUCGAACAGAGCGUACGUGAGAAGGCCGAACUGCGGAAAGAGCUGGAUCGAUUAAAGGAGGAAAAUGAAACCUUACAGAAUGCUUUACAGAAGGAACAACUAGAAGCUGCCAUCUCAAAGGUCCAGAAUGAACAGAAAGAGAAAGAAAAGAUUCAGCUGCUUCGAGAGCUGGAUCAAAGCAAGGAACACAUUGGGAACUUAAAGAGCACCUUACAGCAGCAACUUCAAGAAAUGGAAAGCUUAAAGGAGGAGCUGUUGGUCCAGGCGACAAAGCUGAUGCAGAUACAGCAGCGUGCUGAGCAGAGCAAGCUGUGCGAGAGCUUGAGUGUUGAUGGGGCGUCAAGUCAAAAUGAGACGCACGCUCAGGAGAAAUACAGUCAAGCGGUGACGAAGAUCAACCAGCUGAAAGAGGAGCGCGAGGAGCUGAAAGGGAGGAGUGACGCUCAAAGUGAGGAGAUCGCCAUGCUGAAGGGCAAACUCAGACAGGCAGAACGGGAACUGCUCAAAACAAAAGACAGCAUCCAGCUUCUACAGGUUGAUCUUCAGAGCAGUGAGAAGGAGAAGGAGAAGCUCUCCGCAGAGCUGCACCGGCUGGAAAACGUCGAACGCGACAUGGACGAGGUGAAGAGGCAGAACCAGGAGUUAAGCAGGAGGUUGUUGGAGCAGGAGACACGGCAGGACUUUCAGGAUAAUGAUCUACGGGUGCAGUGUCAGACUCUCGCCAGCCAGCUGCAGGCUGCUCAGGUGAAGCUGUCGGCCGAGAGGGAGAAGUCCACCGACGCCAAGAGACGAGCAGAGUCUCUGGACAGAGAGCUCCUGCACUUCAGGGAGCAGCUGGAGACUUUGAGCACAUUGUUGGAUCAGGAACAGCGGAAAAGUGGCAAAUUUGAGCUACAGCUCAGAGAGGCACUUGAAGCGAUCGCAGACAGAGACACUAUCAUAGAGGAGAAGGAACACGUGACGAGGCUGGUGAAACACGAGCACGAAGAGCUCACCAGAGAAAACCAGACUCUCAGAAGUGACGUCGAGGGCCUGCGCAGAGCUUACUCCGACCUCCACGCAGCUCGCCCCGCCGACUCGCCACAUGCGCAGCCUGGCGCCGCCUCGCCCGCCGGAAGCCCUUCAGCCGGCCGCGAAUGGCAACGGCAGGCGACGCCUGAUCAGGACGACGACGACCUGUACGAGGCCAUAGGGAGCGUUGAAGAACCAGAGGAAGAGCAGGCGCUGGUGUGUCGUCACUGCCAGGAGUGCUUCCCCGGCAUAACCCAAGACGAACUGGAGCAGCACGAGCACAGUCACCGCGUGUGUCCCUUCUGCACGAUGAUCUGCGACAACAUGGAGCAGUCUGCGUUUGAGGAUCACGUCUACGGCCACGAGGUGUGAGAUCUGCACCGGGCCGCACAGAUGUUUGGAAGUAAAAAACAUCUGCGUGCGUGUGUGUGCGU